AUGUGGCUACCAAGAAGGCCUGCAGCCAGUCUGUCUCGCUAUACGCGUCUUAGGUCGCUAGGAAAGAAGCAGCAGCAGCAGCUGCAGCAGCUGCAGCCGCUACAGCAGCCAGAGAGGCACCAGCGGCAGCAGCAGCAGCAGCAGCUGAUUUGUCUGCAGCCUGUAGAGAGGAAGGGGCAUUUGAAGUGCCGCUGCGUGGCUGCUGCUGCUGCUGCAGCUGCUGCUGCUGCUGCUGCAAAGGCCAACGAAGACACGAGGAGUGCCGGCAGCAGCAGCAGCAGCAGCAGCAGCUGCAGCAGCAGUAGGAGCUUGCGGCAGUUUAUCUUGCCGCGUGCCGCGUGGGGUUGCAGCGGCUAUCUUCUCAGGGCCAUCGCUGCAAGGGGGCCCCCUUCUUUUUCGUUAGGGGGGCGUUUGUCUCCCUUCAGCAGCAGCAGCAGCAGCAGCAGCAGCUGCUGCAGCAGACACAGCCAGGGGCUGAGGGGGGCCCCAGCUAAGUGUUUGCAGCCUGCAGCAGCUGCACCUAAUAACCCUUUCUUAUCGUCUGGGGGCCCCGUAAAGGAGGGCAGCCGCGGCGCAUGCAGCGUAGCAGGGGGCCCCCCGCUUGCUGCUGCUGCUGCUGCUGCAGCAGCAGCAGCUGCAGCAGGGGCCCUACCCCCUCAGACGGGGGCCCCUACUAAUAGCCAGGGGCCCCCUCCAUCUCCACAGUGUAGAGGCAGCGGGGGCCCCCAGGCAGCAGACGGUGCACCUGAGAUAUCUUCUUUUUGCAAUUCGCAGGGGCUUCGUAUUCAGGUGUACAGGUGGCGCCACGACAAAAGACAGCAGCAGCAGCAGCAGCAGCAGCAGCAGCAGCAGCAGGAAGAAGAGCAGCUGGAAGGAACAGGGAAAGGACAGCAAGGCGGAGGGGGGGCCCCUAGAAGGGGCCUCUGGGGGCCCCCUAAUGAAGAUAGACGAGUAAAGGGGGUUGUGCUGCUGGUGCAUGGGCUCGGCGAGCACUGCUGCAGCCAUUUCUUUCACAAACCUCCAGCUGCUGCUGCUGCUGCUGCUGCAGCAGCAGCAGCUGCAGCAGCAGCAGGUGCUGCUGCUUCAGAUGCUACAGCAGCAGGCGCUGCAGCAGCGGAGUUUCAGGCAUUUGCUUCUGCAGCAGGAGUAGCACUAGGAACUAACGGCGCACAACCAACAGCAGCAGCAACAGCAGCAGCAGCAGCACCAGCAGAUCGAACGACGAGUCCGGGUCCCUUCUCUUCCUGCAAUUUACCAUCAGGAUGCCCAGCAACAGCAGCAGGAGCAGCAGCAGCAGCAGCAGGAUCAGCAUGCGCAUCAUCAACAGGAUCAUCAACAGGAGCAGGAGGAGAAGGAGCAUCAGCAGGAGCAGCAGCAGGAGGAGCAGCAGCAGGAGGAGCAGCAGCAGGAGGAGCAGCAGCAGACUGGCUGCGGGCUACCUAUGAUGGCAGCUGGGUAGAGGGCCUCAAUCUGCUAGGCUUUGAUGUUGUGGGGUUUGAUUUGCAGGGACACGGGCGGUCGCAGGGCUGGCGAAUGAAGAGGUGCGUUGUUAGGGCAUUAGACGACUUUGCUGCUGACCUGCUGCUGCUGCUGCGAAUCCUAAAAGCUGAAUACAAACAGCAGCACCAGCAACAGCACCAGCAGCAGCACCAGCAGCAACGGGAGGUACAGCAACAACAACGGCAGCAGAAGGCAAAUCGAAAAAUGAUAAACUUACAGCAGCAGCAGCAGCAGCAACAGCAGCAGCAGCAAGAGCAGCAGCAACAACAGCAGCAGCGAUGCCUUGCCACUACGCAAAUGAAUUUGAGCGGGGACAGCAUGCAGAGCAGAGAAGACGAUCCCCAAGGAGACGAUCCCCAGGGAGACGAUCCCGGUGCAGACGAUCCCGAUCCCGGCAGUGAGUCGUCUAACCACAAGAAGCAGCAGCACUCAGCUCCUGCUGCUGGCUCUCCCGCUGCUGCUGCUGCUGCUGCUAGCCCCCCUAUGUUUCUGGUUGGGCUCUCUCUUGGGGGUUGGGUGGCCUUGAGGGCUGUGCAGCUGGCAGCAGCACAACGGCGCAACAGUGCUGCUGCUGCUGCUGCUGCUGCUGCUGCAGCAGACCCCACAGCAGCAGCAGAAGCAGCUGCAGCAGACUUUGCUUCUAACCACCUAUGCAAGGAGAAUCAGCGGCAGUUGACUCUAUGGAAUACACAAGAGGCAGCAGAAACAGCAGCAGCAUCAGCAGCAGCAACAGAUACAGACACAGCAGCAGCAACUGCUGCUGCCGCUGCUGAAGAUGCCUUGGGCCUGCAGGGUCUCGUGCUGCUGUCUCCAAUGCUGCAGCUCUCUCGUAGGCGGCACCUGCAGCGCGUGCCGCUGCUGCAGUAUGCUGCUGCUGUUGUUGCUGCACUGAGGCCCCACGCAGCCAUCAUACCACCCAGAACUAGCCGGAGACGACAUCCUCAUCUGCAUGCAUACUUUCAAGCUGACCCCUUAACUUUUAAAGGCGGCGUCCCUUUGGGGCUGGGCGUCCCUUUGAUUUGGCAGAUGGAGACAGCAACAGAGAGGCCGGAGCUGCUGCUGCUGCAGCAGCAAGAUGCUGCUGCUGUGCUGCUGAUUCAUACACUGCAAGACCCCCUUUGUGAUGUAGGCGGCACCAUCAGCUGCUUCUCUCGCCUCGUAGGGGUACCAGAUAGGCAGCUACUAGCCAUUGAAGGGCCUCCUGCUGCUGCUGCUGCUCCUGCUGCUCCUGCUGCUGGGGCGGCUGCGGAUUAUGGUGAAGACGGCGAGCAGGGAGAGGCCCUCAGCAGCAACAGCAGCAGCAGCAGCAGCAGCAGAAGCAGCAGCCUGCAGGAGCAGCUGCACCCCAAACUGCAUGCGUUAUACCCUGAGUAUAACUUCCAGAUCCUCGCUACUGGAGCAGCAGCUCCUGCUGCCUGCGAACACCAGCAGCAGCAGCAGCAGCAGCAGCAGGAUGAGGAGGCGCUGCGUACUGGCGUAGCUGCGUAUGAAGAGUGCAUGCAGGCGCAUGGGGGCCCCACAGCUGCAGCACCGCAAGUGUUUCUGUUUAGGGGGAUCGACGUCUUACACGACCUACCCAACGAGCCGGGGCAGCAUCUUCUCUUCCGUCUCCUCUCCUCCUGGAUUAACAGCCGCUGCCCCCAGCAGCAGCAGCAGCAGCCGCAGCAGCAGCAGCAGCAGCAGCAGCAGCAGCCGCAGCAGAGGCAACAGCAGCAAAAGAAGAAGAAGCAAAAACAGCACCAGCAAAAACAGCAGCAGUAG